AUGGACGGGCUGAUUCCGUUUCUGUUCCACGCGAUGAAGAAGCACGGCAACAACAACAACAAGCCGCACCACCACCACCACCGCCGCUCCAUGUCAUUCUCCGAGGGCUCCACCAGGAGCUACCACUUGCUCGUCCAACCGGACUCCUUCAGCGGCUCAUCUCAUCAUCGCCGGACAAGGUCGGAGUUUCAGAUGCCGACUCCGGCGGCCACCGCUGCUGAUCAUUUCUCCGGCCAGCAUGAUCUGCUUCGCACCGGCAGCCUGAGGAAGCGCCACGCCAAUCAUCAUGACUCCCCUGUUAGUAUUACUACUGCUGCUGGUGGUGCCGGUGAAUCCAAGUACGCGGUGGCCGGCAGCAUAGCCGCCGCCGGGAAUGUCAAUGUCAACGACGGUCGUGGGGCGAUGCAUGGCGGCCACUAG